UCCGUCUCCCAGCAGAAGGCGCAGCCAUGAAUCCGUUAUUCGGCCCCAACCUCUUCCUCCUCCAGCAGGAGCAGCAAGGCCUGGCCGGGCCGCUGGGGGACCCCGUGGGAAGCGACCACUUGGCCGGCGGCGGGGACGUGCCCCCGGCGCCGCUAGCCCGGGCCGGCCCGGCUCCCUACUCGCCGCCCGGGCCGGGCCCGGCGCCCCCCGCCGCCAUGGCGCUCCGCAACGACCUGGGCUCCAACAUCAACGUGCUCAAGACCCUGAACCUCCGCUUCCGCUGCUUCCUGGCCAAGGUGCACGAGUUGGAGCGCCGCAACCGGCUGCUGGAGAAGCAGCUGCAGCAGGCGCUGGAGGAGGGUAAGCAGGGCCGGCGGGGCCUGGCUCGCCGAGACCAGGCCGUGCAGACCGGCUUCGUCAGCCCCGUCAGACCCCUGGGGCUGCCCCUGGGCGCCCGGCCGGCUGCCGUCUGCACCCCGUCGGCGCGGGUGCUGGGGUCGCCCGCGCGCUCGCCGGCAGGCCCCCUCGCGCCCUCCGCGGCCUGCCACCCGGCGGCUCCCUCCACCUCCGCCUCCUCCGCCUACUCCUCGUCGGCCCGCUUCAUGCCCGGCACCAUCUGGUCCUUCUCUCACGCCCGCCGGCUCGGGCCGGGACUGGAAACCACUUUGGUGCAGGGGCCUGGCCUGUCGUGGGUGCACCCCGACGGGGUGGGCGUCCAGAUCGACACCAUCACCCCCGAGAUCCGCGCUCUCUACAACGUGCUGGCUAAAGUGAAGCGCGAGCGGGACGAGUACAAGCGGAGGUGGGAAGAGGAAUACGUGGUGAGGCUGCAGCUGCAGGAGCGCGUGAACGAGCUCCAGGAGGAGGCCCAGGAGGCUGACGCCUGCCAGGAGGAGCUGGCCCUGAAGGUGGAGCAGCUGAAGGCGGAGCUGGUGGUCUUCAAGGGGCUCAUGAGCAACAACCUGUCCGACCUGGACACGAAGAUCCAGGAGAAGGCCAUGAAGGUGGACAUGGACAUCUGCCGCCGCAUCGACAUCACCGCCAAGCUCUGUGACUUGGCCCAGCAGCGCAACUGCGAGGACGUGAUCAAGAUGUUCCAGUCUCUGCACUUGUCUCCCAUUAAGGUCCCGUCCAUGGGGGGGCGGAAGCGGGAGCGCAAGGCUGCCGUCGAGGAGGACGCCUCCCUGUCGGAGAGCGACGGGCCCUGCCAGCCCGACGGGGAUGAGGAGGAGAGCGCGGCCCUCAGCAUCAACGAGGAGAUGCAGCGCAUGCUCAACCAGCUGAGGGAGUAUGAUUUUGAGGACGACUGUGACAGCCUGACUUGGGAAGAGACCGAGGAGACCCUUCUGCUCUGGGAGGAUUUCUCGGGCUAUGCCCUGGCUGCUGCGGAGGCCCCGGGAGAGCAGCCGGAAGACAGUUUGGAGAAGGUGAUUAAAGAUACCGAGUCCCUGUUCAAAACCCGGGAGAAAGAAUAUCAGGAAACCAUUGACCAGAUAGAGCUGGAGCUGGCCACGGCCAAGAACGACAUGAACCGGCACCUGCACGAGUACAUGGAGAUGUGCAGCAUGAAGCGGGGCCUGGACGUGCAGAUGGAGACCUGCCGCCGGCUCAUCACCCAGUCCGGGGACCGAAAGUCUCCUGCUUUCACUGCGGCCCCGCUUAGCGACCUGCCGCCCCCGCCGCCACCGAGCGAGGCUGAGGACUCCGAUCGCGACGUCUCAUCUGACGGCGCCGUGAGAUAGGGGCCUCCUCCGG